UCUCUCGACACGAUCUACCUCCUCUACAUUACUCCUAUGUGUUUUUUGCACACAUUUACUUCUCUGUUCACUAUCCCAUCUCACAUUCUCCUGUAUUGUUUUAUCUUUUGUUAUACCUUGUUCACUCUUUAUGUGCCCUGUUGUGUGAGCUACUCUUGUGGUGGUACUCACUUCUCUGUUCACUAUCCCAUCUCACAUUCUCCUGUAUUGUUUUAUCUAUUUUGUUAUACCUUGUUCACUCUUUAUGUGCCCUGUUGUGUGAGCUACUCUUGUGGUGGUACUCACUUCUCUGUUCACCAUCCCAUCUCACAUUCUCCUGUAUUGUUUUAUCUAUUUUGUUAUACCUUGUUCACUCUUUAUGUGCCCUGUUGUGUGAGCUACUCUUGUGGUGGUACUCACUUCUCUGUUCACCAUCCCAUCUCACAUUCUCCUGUAUUGUUUUAUCUAUUUUGUUAUACCUUGUUCACUCUUUAUGUGCCCUGUUGUGUGAGCUACUCUUGUGGUGGUACUCACUUCUCUGUUCACCAUCCCAUCUCACAUUCUCCUGUAUUGUUUUAUCUAUUUUGUUAUACCUUGUUCACUCUUUAUGUGCCCUGUUGUGUGAGCUACUCUUGUGGUGGUACUCACUUCUCUGUUCACUAUCCCAUCUCACAUUCUCCUGUAUUGUUUUAUCUAUUUUGUUAUACCUUGUUCACUCUUUAUGUGCCCUGUUGUGUGAGCUACUCUUGUGGUGGUACUCACUUCUCUGUUCACCAUCCCAUCUCACAUUCUCCUGUAUUGUUUUAUCUAUUUUGUUAUACCUUGUUCACUCUUUAUGUGCCCUGUUGUGUGAGCUACUCUUGUGGUGGUACUCACUUCUCUGUUCACCAUCCCAUCUCACAUUCUCCUGUAUUGUUUUAUCUAUUUUGUUAUACCUUGUUCACUCUUUAUGUGCCCUGUUGUGUGAGCUACUCUUGUGGUGGUACUCACUUCUCUGUUCACCAUCCCAUCUCACAUUCUCCUGUAUUGUUUUAUCUAUUUUGUUAUACCUUGUUCACUCUUUAUGUGCCCUGUUGUGUGAGCUACUCUUGUGGUGGUACUCACUUCUCUGUUCACCAUCCCAUCUCACAUUCUCCUGUAUUGUUUUAUCUAUUUUGUUAUACCUUGUUCACUCUUUAUGUGUCCUGUUGUGUGAGCUACUCUUGUGGUGGUACUCACUUCUCUGUUCACCAUCCCAUCUCACAUUCUCCUGUAUUGUUUUAUCUAUUUUGUUAUACCUUGUUCACUCUUUAUGUGCCCUGUUGUGUGAGCUACUCUUGUGGUGGUACUCACUUCUCUGUUCACCAUCCCAUCUCACAUUCUCCUGUAUUGUUUUAUCUAUUUUGUUAUACCUUGUUCACUCUUUAUGUGCCCUGUUGUGUGAGCUACUCUUGUGGUGGUACUCACUUCUCUGUUCACCAUCCCAUCUCACAUUCUCCUGUAUUGUUUUAUCUAUUUUGUUAUACCUUGUUCACUCUUUAUGUGCCCUGUUGUGUGAGCUACUCUUGUGGUGGUACUCACUUCUCUGUUCACCAUCCCAUCUCACAUUCUCCUGUAUUGUUUUAUCUAUUUUGUUAUACCUUGUUCACUCUUUAUGUGUCCUGUUGUGUGAGCUACUCUUGUGGUGGUACUCACUUCUCUGUUCACCAUCCCAUCUCACAUUCUCCUGUAUUGUUUUAUCUAUUUUGUUAUACCUUGUUCACUCUUUAUGUGCCCUGUUGUGUGAGCUACUCUUGUGGUGGUACUCACUUCUCUGUUCACCAUCCCAUCUCACAUUCUCCUGUAUUGUUUUAUCUAUUUUGUUAUACCUUGUUCACUCUUUAUGUGCCCUGUUGUGUGAGCUACUCUUGUGGUGGUACUCACUUCUCUGUUCACCAUCCCAUCUCACAUUCUCCUGUAUUGUUUUAUCUAUUUUGUUAUACCUUGUUCACUCUUUAUGUGUCCUGUUGUGUGAGCUACUCUUGUGGUGGUACUCACUUCUCUGUUCACCAUCCCAUCUCACAUUCUCCUGUAUUGUUUUAUCUAUUUUGUUAUACCUUGUUCACUCUUUAUGUGCCCUGUUGUGUGAGCUACUCUUGUGGUGGUACUCACUUCUCUUGGUAAGUGACUUCUUUGCCACGUUCCAUUAUCCUACCCUCACAUUGU